GCGCAGCGCAAACACCUCAGCUCGCCCCUUUCUCAGCCCGGCCCUCACGGCUACCCAAUGCGCUUCGCGGUGCGCAUAGCCGGGCUCAAAGGGCUCAAAGUGUACGGCGACGACGCGCAGCAGCCGAUCCGGUUCAUCGAAGUCCACACGCGCCGGCAGGUCCUCCAUGCCAGCGGCCACAAGAAGGACAACAGCCCGGCCCUGGUGUCCAUCCAGGCGAACUGGCCAACCUGGUCCCUCCUCCCCAUCGGCGACAAACCGGCCUUCACUAUCACCAUCCACAACAGCAACAACAAUCAGGACCCAGCCGAUGGGGACGAGGCGAGCAGCACCGACCUGACCAUCCCGAUGGAGCACACAUGCUGCCGGCCGGUGACAUACCGGUUCUCGCUGCCGGCCAUCAGCACAACCACCGACAACAACAGUAGCACCGCAUCCACGCCCGAUCCCGGCCCCGAUGACGCCAAUCCCGAUCCCUCGCCGGAGGAGGCGGAGGCCGAGGCGGAAGAGAUCUUCGAGUGGCGCCGCGCGCCAGCCUGCCACGAGACGCGCGGCAUCCGCAAGAAGACGCUCCCCGCGCUCGAAACGGGCGACGAGCGCCCGCCCGAGACGGCGCUGCACACGCUGCUCGCCCAGCCGGGCGCCGUACUCGUGCGCCUGACCGGCGCGCGGUGGCCGCCACAAACCGCAACCCCAGCCCGCCGCCCGCUCGGCUUCACCAAGCAAGGCGAGGAGAUCGUCGCCUCGUGGACCGAGGCCCGCGACUGCCUGCCGCGGUACUACUUCCAGUUCUGGGGCGCGGGGGCGGCGGGCGCGCUGGGGGAGACAUUCACGCACGUGGCCGUGCUGACGGGCGCGGCGACGUAUCUGGACGCGAUCGCGGAGCGGGCGCGGCGG